AUGCUUCGUAUCGCGAUUCUUUGUUUCGUUCUCGCCGCCGGGAUCUCGAUCUCCACGGCGAACUCCGACAACGAGUCUAUAUCGGAGAUCCUCAAGGCGAACGGAUUGCCUGUGGGGAUAUUCCCGAAAGGCGUCGUGGAAUUCAACUUCGACGCCGUAACGGGACGAUUCUCAGUUUACUUGAACCACUCCUGCGAUGCCAAGUACGAGACCGAGCUGCAUUACGACGCUAAUAUCACGGGGAAGAUAGAGUUUGCUCAAAUCUUGGAUUUGUCCGGAAUCAAGGCGCAAGAUCUCUUCUUGUGGUUUCCGGUGAUUGGAAUCCGAGUCGACGUGCCUAGCUCUGGACUCAUAUAUUUCGACGUUGGUGUUGUUCACAAGCAAUACUCUCUGUCUUUGUUCGAGACGCCGAGGGAUUGCGUUGCGGUUAAUGGUGACAACAAGGUUCGAUCGACUAUGUUGCCAUUGUAUCAAGUAGAUCAAACUCUUGGGAGAGACAUUAUUUAG